AUGAUUGGGUGUAAACAUUAUCCUAGUAAAUUUGAACAAUUGCAGUUGUUGGGUAUUGAUACAUCUUCUGGUAUGCCAGUUGUUUUAAAGCACAAGAAUUUGAAUACUGAGCUUGGCAUAACAAAUGGUGCAAAGGGAUUUAUUAGAAAGCUUGAACUUGGUUCUGAUGUGCAUUGGUUGAAUUUCCAAAUAGUAAAGUACAGCUUGAUGGAUUACCAAAAGGUGUAUAUCCGAUCAAACCUCGUAGAUGGCAGUAUAAUGCAUUCAUAUUCAGUGAAGAAAAUCAGCAGAUAUUGGUAUCUGUUACAAGGUUUCAAGUACCAUUUGAGCCUGCUUUUGCACUUACAGGGUGAGAUCCCGGAAAGUCAAUAUGGUGUAAGAUGCGAGAUAGGUGGCGAGAUGUGCUGUUUUCAAUAUAUGGUUCAGAGUGUGAAAGAUAUGUAUCAUUUAUCAAACAAUAAUGAUGUUCCAUUUUCAUUCUUGGAUACUGCAAAUGAAAGAGAAGUUUGGAGGUAUAGCUCAGUGGCAUCAUAUAAUCUCAUCAGCAAGCUUGCCGAACCUCUAUAUUCGUAUUGUGAUAAUAUUGAGAAUGUGCAGGAUUUUAUAGACACCUUCAUUCCGAAUUACCGUGCCAUCCAGUGA